AAUCAAGGAACAUCUCAUUUAGUUGAGACAGGUAGGCGUGGUACCUCUUGAGAUCGGUGAUCACAGCGUAGGGGAGGAAACAUGGCCUCUGCUAAGUCUGUCGUAGUUACGCUGUCAAUCACCUCUUCCUGAAACCUCCAGACCGUGGAAAAAGAUGGCGCUCUAAAGAAAGGGAAGAGGGUUUGUCGCUAAAUGUAGAGGAGGAGCGUUGUCUGCGUUCAGAGAAGGUUCAGAAGAGGAGCAUUCCAUUCCGCAAACCCUAAGUUCAUACUGGGAACGAAGUCCGGAGUGUGAACCAAAACCCCUGGCACCCGGGACGACGAAGAAUCGCUGUCCGUAAUUCGGUGCGCGCAAUUUUACCCGGGCAAUUUGCAGCUGGCUUGACCUCGGGUUGAUGUUCGAUCGGUGGGGUUUUAAGGUUUGAAUGGUGGACUCACGAGUGCUCUUCAGCCCAUGCUUGGCGAGUCGAUUUUGAUUGACAUCUGCGGGUGGAUUCUCGUUCGUAGAGCUAGAGGAUCCGAGAAGCAGGGGCAACCAUGGAGCACGAUGGAGUGGACGAUGCUGGGGGUGACGAUGUCUGCGGCGAAAUUCUGAGGCAAUUUCGCCGCUCGCAGGCACCAGAGCAUCGGCACCUUUGCGCAAUUUCGUUGGCUAUUGCUGAAAUUCUGAAGGAGCAGGCUUUGGAAUCCUCUCCCACAGCUUGCUUUGCUGCCGCAAUGUCGUCUUUGGAGAGACAGAUAAACACCACUCCGCGUGACCUCGCCGUUACUACCGCCCUCGUGACUUUCCUGGCCAGAGUUAUCGACAAGGUUCCACCCGCUGUACUAAGGUCCAAGAGCGACAAAACAUUGCAGCUACUACUCCAGGUCUUGAAUGCGGACACCUCCGUGGCUGCAACUGUAAAGCCGGGACUUAAUUGUCUCACAACAGUCGUGAAAGAUUCUGAUUUAUCGAAUUGGGUCUCGCUCGCGAAACCUUUUCAUGUUGUACUCAAGUAUUGUGUUGAUCAGAAGCCUAAGGUAAGAAAAUGUGCCCACAAAAGUGUGGCUCAGAUGCUUAUGGCGUUUCAGCGUCACGCAUCCUUCGCACCAGCAAGCGAAGCUGUCGUGAGCUCAUUCGAAACAACGUUAAAGGCAGUAAUUGGACCCAACUUAGGCAAGACUGAAGAGAAGGUGAAAGUGGCUCCUGGAACUACCGGUGCUGUGGAGAUUUUGCAUAUGCUUGGUGCAAUGAAAUUGAUACUGCCCGCCAUGUCGGGGAAGGCAAUUGGGAAAGUUCUCCCGGUCUUGGCCGAUCUUGUACAACUUAGGCAGAGAUUGCUCACCAGGCGUAUUUUAGACACAAUGCAAGAAUUGUGUACAUCUCGUAGUGCUGAGGUCCCAGUAAAUGAAUAUGCGGAUGUCCUUGCAAAGUUGGCCGCUUAUUUUUCGGCAGCGGGGAAAAAGGAUGUGGACGAAGUUCCAGUGGCCACUCGACUUAUACAAAAAGGGUUCGAGCGUCUCCACGCUUUGGAUCCCAGUGCUUGUGCUCUCAAGCUUCCUUCUGUAUUUUCAUCCCUUUCAGGUCUCUUGGCUGCAGAGCAAGAAGAAAUUGUCUACGGUUCAGCGGAAUGUAUGAGGAACCUGGUUCUUUCUUGUGUGGAUGAGUCUUUAGUUCAUCAAGGGAUAACCCGGCUUCAGCAGUCAGGCGAGCUUAGAGGCCCUCCUUCCGCCGUGGAGAGGAUGUGUGUAACUGCAGAAAGUUUACUAGGGUACCAAUACAGCACAGCUUGGGACAUGGCUCUUCCUGUUGUAUCAGCUCUCUUCGACGUUCUAGGCCCAGCGUCUUAUUUGCUUAUGCCUGGAACGGUCAAAACCCUCGGAGAUUUGCAACGUCUUCCGGAUGAAGAUAUGACUUGCAGGAAACAGUUGCACAAAGCACUUGGAGCGGCAUUAGCUGCUAUGGGCCCCGAACAGUUUUUGACUUUGUUACCUCUGGAUAUGGACAAUGCUGAUCUAGCCACAUCCAGAAUUUGGCUUCUGCCAAUUCUUAAGCAGUAUACAGUCGGGGCUCGGCUUGGUUUCUUCGCAGACAAUUUGCUUCCUCUCGCGAGUCGAUUGCGAGUCCGUGAACAGAAGCUAAUAGCAGAUGGGAAGCCCGUCGCCGCAAAGAACUGUGAGGCCUGUGUUGAGUCAAUAUGGGCCUUAUUGCCCUCAGUCUGCAACUAUCCAGUAGACACGGCUACAGACUUCGGUCGCAUUGCCAAGACCUUGGGAGACGCUUUGAACAAAGAAGCAGGAUUAAGGGGGCUUAUUUGCUCAGCUUUGCAGACCCUCAUAUUGCAAAAUAGAAUGGCACGAGGAGAUCAGCUGGAAGGAAAGAAAGAGUUGAAGGCGAUGGAAGAAUUCAAUUCGUCGGAAUCAACAAGCGUGUCGAAUGCCAGGGCACGUGUAGCAGAUUGCUACACUCCCGACGCUGCUUCAGCAAGUCUUGCGACGAUUGCAGGCUAUUCUCGGAAUUUUCUGCCUCUACUUUUCAAUCAGUUUCUGGCUCAGCCUUCCGAAAAGCGCGGAGAUUUGCAGGCAACAAUCGCUUCGAUCGCUUCAGUAUCUGACCAACAGACGGUCAAGAAUUUUUUCAUAGCAAUUAUGAAGAAAUUAUUACAAGCAACCAAAGAUGCCGUGAAACCCAAGGACAAGCAAGAUGCUAUGCAAGUCGAUACUGCAAGUGUCGACGAAACUGCCACUUCUCGCAGAUGCGUUUUUAUGGAUCUGGCUUUAUCCCUCAUCAAAGGCUUGGAUGAAGAGGCUUUGACCAUGUUGUACGAAACAGCCGUUCCUGCGUUGCAGGAUAAGGAAGGUCUUGUACAGAAGAAGGCUUACAAGAUCAUUGCAAGCAUCUGCAAGGCAAAUGAAGACUUUCUAGCAAAGAAAUCAGAGGAGAUGCUCGAGGUACUCGUUCUAGCUUUGGAGUCUUGCCACGCUAGUGCUCGCCGGCAUCGCCUUGAUUGUGUGCAGUACAUAAUCAUACAUUACACAAAGUUUGGUGACCAAAAGAAGGACCAAAUAAUUGCUACCCUGAUCAGUGAGAUCAUUCUUGCAACGAAAGAGGCCAACAAGAAAUCCAGGAAUGGAGCCUAUGACUUGUUAAUUAAAAUCGGUCACGCGAUGGACGACCUUGAUAGUGACCGGACCAAUUUGAUGCGCUUUUUUAACAUGAUUUUGGCCUGCUUGGCAGGAACCACACCUCACAUGAUCAGUGCAGCAGUGGCAUCUCUUGCUCGUUUGAUAUAUGAGUUUUCGAGUGAUCUUUGUCACACAAUCCCCCACCUCUUGCCUACAGCUUUACUUCUGCUCAGAAGCAAAAAUCGCGAAAUUAUUAAGUCUGUGCUAGGUCUGGUGAAAGUAGUGAUUGCUCGUCUACCAGCAGCGGAGUUGGAGACACAUUUACCGAGCAUGGUUCGGGGGUUAAUGCUUUGGUCAGAUGACUCGAAAAAUCGCUUCAAAGCCAAGGUUCGAGAAAUUAUCGAGAGAAUUGUCAGGAGAUGCGGAAUGACCUCUGUUGCGGAGGUUAUGCCAGCAGAGCACAUGAAGCUUUUGACUAGCAUACGCAAAAAGAAGGAACAAGCCGAAAAGAAAAAAAGAGUUUCAACGGAGGAUGACGAUGAUGCGAAGUCCUCGAAGUCUCGUGCGACAACAGCCAGGCGUAGCGCAUGGAAUCAUACGGACGUGUUUUCGGACGAGGAAGACGACGACAGUGAGGACGAGUUGGGAAGUACCCAAGCUCCAACCACGACGAAAUCAGCCUCCAUGGCCAGAACAUCGAACACGAGCAAGUCGAAGAAGCUGCGGAAGUCCAGUAAGAGGCUGCCGGAAGACUUCAUGGACACGGGUGAAGAACCGCUGGAUCUACUGGACGUACAGAGGACGCGAGAAGUUCUGUCCUCCGUCAAGCGCAAACGGAAAGGCGACGACGACGACGACGAGCCGGAGUUCGCGGCGGACGGGCGCCUGAUCGUCGAUGAGAACGGCGACAAGAAGCGGAAGCACUCCAGGGACCACGACGACGACGGUGACGGUGACGGCGACGACACCAGGAGCCGCGGCGGCAGGAGCGCUGGGGGCGCCACCAAGCACGGACGCCCCGUCAAGGGCGGCGCGGCGCAAGAGGCCGGGCGCAAGAGAGCGAAGAAGAGCGGCAGCAGCUGGGCCUACACGGGCGACGAGUACGUGAACCACAAGGGCAAAGGCGGAGGCGAUGUCAAGAAGGAAGGCAAGCUCGAUCCCUACGCGUAUUGGCCGCUGGAUCCCAAAAUGCUGAACCGCCGGCAGGCCAAGCGAACUGCGGCCCGCGACGGCAUGUCCAGCGUUUUCAAGGCCGGCUCGAAGCGCAAAGGUGCCGGGGCGUCGGCCAAGCCCUCGCUCGUCAAGCGCGGAGCCAACAAGAAGCAUCAUGGCUCCAAGUCCAAACAUAAAUAGAUGAAAUCUUCUAUUUAUGUUUGGACGGUUAUCUUCUAAUUUUUUUUGGACUUGGAGCCAUGAUGUCUUCUAUUUAAUUUCAGACCUGAAAUUGUUGUAUAUCACACUAAUUUUUUUUCAUUCUCGGAGUAGUUACGCUAUAGGUGAAGUAGUUGUGGGUACGAGGUACGGAGUAGAUUGGAGGGUUUUGCCUUCAGAGCUGAGGUGAGGUCGUUCAGCGCAUGCGGAAGAGCGGAGACCGUUCCAGAUGUGUGAUUUCGGUUUCGAAUCCUGUUCGAUCCUGAUUUUUGUGAGGAAGUAGAUUCAUUGUGAUCAAUUUUUAACCAUUUGAUGUGAAACAUGUAACUGAUUACUUCAGAUGAAGUACGCGAAUGAAGGUAUUUCCAUGAAGAUAGAGUUGGUCGUACUUGACCACCAUAUCAUGUUCAUUAUAAGCAUGGCGAAAUCGCUCUUACUCCUUGUAUCGUCUUCCACUAGAUUCCGUAUAAGAAGGGAUUGUGCACCUCACAUGGGAUUUGUAGAUUCUAUCAGGAUGCCUGCAAGCAAAAACUAGAAGAGUUGAACAGAGACUUGUAUUUUGUGGGAACUGACCCGUUGAACACCAAUGACACCGAGAUGACUCUGGACACUUCUUUCUGAGAGAGGCA